CAAAAGAGAUAAAUAAAUAAAUAAGCAAAGAGAGAAAGAAAAUGUCGUGGCAAACUUACGUAGACGAGCACUUGAUGUGCGACAUCGAUGGCACUGGCCACCACCUCACCGCCGCUGCCAUCGUCGGCCACGACGGCUCCAUUUGGGCUCAGAGCUCUUCCUUCCCUCAGUUUAAGGCUGAUGAGGUGAAUGGUAUGAUGAAAGAUUUCGACGAACCAGGCUAUCUUGCUCCUACUGGCCUCCACCUUGGAGGCACCAAAUACAUGGUAAUCCAGGGAGAGCCAGGAGCAGUCAUUCGUGGGAAGAAGGGAUCUGGAGGUAUCACCAUAAAGAAAACUGGUCAAGCUCUAGUUUUCGGAAUGUACGAUGAACCUGUUACUCCAGGACAAUGCAAUAUGGUUGUUGAAAGGUUGGGAGAUUACCUUGUUGAUCAGGGUCUGUAGACAAAGAUCUUAAUUUUCAAGAUCUGAGAACAAAUUUUGGGCACUAUUUUUUUUCUAUUUACAAUUAUAAUCUGCAUCUCGUCAACCCCAUGUUGGGAGUUGUUGCAGACAAUAAGCAUAUAAGAAUUAAACAGUUGUUCGUCCUUUGAAUUUUUAAAUUUCAUUACCCUCAUUUUUUUUAAUGGUACAUGUUUCCUACUCGUCCUUAACUUGUAAAUCACAUUUUUUUUCUUCAUGGAAA